AUGUUCGGAUGGACAAUUCUUGGUCCAGUCGAUGGCUCAUCAUCCAGUGCACCUUCCCAUACGGGUUUCACAAUCUCAAAUGAGCAGCUACAUGACAACAUCUCCAAAUUCUGGGAAAUUGAGAAUGUCUCGUCUCAUCGGGAGGAUUCGCUCAGCGUCGAAGAAGCAGAAUGUGAAGCACAUUUCCAGAGCACACAUACUCGCGACAGUGAAGGUCGGUAUGUGGUGCGCCUACCCUUCAAAUCGAAUGCUCCACAACUCGGACAAACGAAGCAUAUCGCAGAAAAAUCGCUUAAUAGGCUCAUCAAACGCAUUUCUCACCAGCCUGAGUUCUUUAAGUUGUACUCAGAUUUUCUAAAAGAGUACGAAUCGCUGGGUCACAUGAAAAAAGUCUCAGAAGAUAAGUCAUCACCUACCGAGAGCUUUUACCUUCCUCACCACGGUGUAUUGCGUGAAGAUAGUCUCACCACGAAGCUGAGGGUCGUAUUCAACGGGUCCUGUAAAUCAAGCACAGGAAUUUCACUCAACGAUAUGUUGCAUACCGGUCCGAAACUUCAAGCAGACAUUUUCGAUGUACUGCUGUAUUUAAGGCAGCACAAAUUCAUCUUUACAACGGACAUUACCAACAUGUUCCGUCAAAUAGAUGUUCAUCCAGAUGACUGGAAGUUCCAGAGAAUACUUUGGACGGAUCAUCAAUCAAGCACCAGCGAGCCUGCAAUGUACGAUCUUACAACCGUUACUUAUGGUACAAAGCCAGCACCAUACUUAGCAUGUCGCGUUCUUAAACAACUUCUCAGCGACGAGGGCCACAAGUUCCCGUUAGCAAUCGAACCUUUUGAAAAGGGUAGCUACGUCGACGACAUCACUGGAGGUGCUGAUACUCUCUCAUGUCUCAAUGAAAUCGCGUCUCAGGCCGUACAUCUCAAACUUCGGCCAAAACGCAUCAUACUGUCAGAAACAGCUCAGUUGUUUGAUCCUCUUGGAUUAAUCUCACCAGUCAUUGUUCGAGCCAAAAUUCUGAUGCAGGACUUAUGGCUAGAAAAAAUUGGAUGGGAUGACCCACUAACUCCUCAGAUAACUCAUCGUUGGAAGACGUUCAGGAGUGAAUUGGUUGAUCUAGCCAGUCUCAAAAUUCCACGCUGGCUAAAUCUCACAUCUGACCUCUCACACGUCGAGAUACACGGAUUUUCAGACGCAUCACAAACUGCAAUGGCUGCAGCUGUAUACAUCAGAGUUUCUCAUCCAAAUCAGCAAUCAAAAGUAACUCUUGUUUGUGCAAAAACUCGAGUUGCCCCUCUCAAACAUCUCACAAUUCCACGAUUAGAAUUAUCUGCUGCAUUACUCCUCGCGAAGCUCAUCUCACGCACACAAAAGGCUUUCAACUUGAUCAACGUGCCAGUUACUUUGUGGACAGAUUCAUCGGUCACCCUCGCCUGGAUUAACAGUGAUCCCACUCGUUGGAAGGAAUUCGUUAAGAACCGAGUACGUGACAUUCAUGAAAUCUCACCGUCAGCAGUAUGGAAAUUCAUCUCCACCAAGCAGAAUCUAGCUGAUUGUGCAUCACGGGGUUUAAACCCCUCUCAACUCAUGAAGCACUCUCUAUGGUGGUCAGGUCCAGAUUGGCUAACCAAACCUUCUCACCAGUGGCCUUCAUUCUCACCACUUGAUGUCUCUCAUGAAGACAUGGAAAUGCGAUCGUCUGCAGUACAUGUCCUCUCAUCAACUCCAUCUUUGCCUUUGGAUCACCUCUUGACUCGAUGCAGCACUCUCACAAAACUUGUCAGAGUCACUGCUACUUUACUACGUGCAGUGGCAGUCUUCAAACGAACCCCAGACUCCAAACUCAGCAUCUCGGCUCUCACUCCAGCGGAUUUGCAAGCGACUCUCACCCACUGGAUUCGUACUACACAACAAGGAUACUUCGCAUCAGAAAUUCGUAUCCUUUCCCAAGGCAAGCCUCUUCCCAAGUCUCAUGCACUAUCACGUCUGACAGCUCGCAUUGACCAAACUGGUCUCUUACGAGUCGGUGGUCGACUUCAGAACUCUCAGCUUGACGAAGAUAGAAAACAUCCACCUAUACUUCCGAAAGACUGCGUACUGUCACGUCUCAUCAUCGCCAACGAUCAUUCUCGCACUCUACAUGGAGGAACACAGCUCACUCUGAACUACAUUCGUAGAUACUGCUGGAUCAUCGGAGGCAGAGCUCCGAUAAAAUCAUUCAUCCAAAAAUGCGUCACCUGCACACGUAUACGAGGAAUACGUGCUCAGCAGUUAAUGGGCCAACUUCCUGCGAAACGAGUACAACCCUCAUUGGUGUUCGAGCACACAGGAGUUGACUACGCGGGACCAGUGUCUCUUAAAUAUUAUCAAGGACGCGGAACUCGAACCUACAAGGCCUGGAUCGUCAUCUUCAUAUGUCUCUCAACAUCUGCUGUCCACCUCGAGGCUGUCACGGAUUACAGCACCGAAGGAUUUCUCAAGGCAUUUCGCCGCUUCACUAGCCGCCGUGGGAUUUGCAAAUCACUCACUAGUGAUUGCGGUACUAAUUUCAAGGGUGCUGACGUCACUCUUCAGCAACUUCUCAAUAGUAGUGUACAAAAAUCGCAGCGUUUGCGCCAAAUUCUCGCAAAUGACGGGACCCAGUGGAAAUUCAAUCCACCUGGAGCACCACAUAUGGGUGGAAAGUGGGAAGCAGCGGUAAAAUCCGUAAAAUACCACCUGCAACGAACGAUUGCCGACACGCUUCUCACCUACGAAGACUUCUCGACGUUCCUCGCACAAGUUGAAGCCGUUCUCAACUCACGACCGCUGAGUGCUCUCACUGAGGACCCAGAUGAUCUCUUUGCCCUCACGCCUGGACACCUCAUUAGAGGUGCUCCCCUCAACACCAUUCCUGAGCCUUCACUCACCGAUGUACCGACUUCACGACUCUCAUUUCCAACGGAUCCAGGAACGUUUACAAUAUUUCUGGGAACGCUGGUCAGCGGAAUAUCUGCAGUCACAUCAGUCCAUUUCUAA